GUUACCUCAACAUCCAGUCUUGGCCUGAGAACAUGACGGAUCUGAGUGUUUUCUCCAGCCUGGCGACCAUCGGAGGCCGAGCUCUCUACAGUGGAAGUGAUAUUUCUCUGCUGAUCCUGAAGCAGCGCUGGAUCUCCUCCCUGCAGUUCCAGUCUCUGGAUGAGAUCAGCGCCGGUAACGUCUACAUCUUCAACAACAGCCGCCUGUGUUUCUACAACACCGUCAACUGGACGUCUCUCUUCCGAACGCCGAGCCAGAAAGUUCUGAUCCGCAACAACCGAAAUCCUAAAGAAUGCAGUGAGUAUCGUCUGUGGGACGGACACAAGUUUGUUUUCCCCUGUUUGCAAAGAUCAGCAGAUUCUCCGAUUCCCUUCCUGUUGUGUCAUUUCCUCUCCCAUGGUUUCCAAACUGCACACGUGUGCUGCUCCACCCUGGGCCUCACACACCGACAUGCCUGUUACCAAGGCGACGGUAUCGCGGGCAUCUCUUGCUCCUCGGCCUUGGACAUGAAAGCCAUGUUCAGCUCCCUGUGA